AAAUCCCCGACAACACUCACUCACACCGACCAAGAGACGGACAUAAACAAUUGCAACUUGCAACUCCAAUUUUUCACGUGCCUUAAUUUCAUGUGCUCCAUAGUGCCUUUCCUUUUUCUUAGUACAAAUGCAAAAGCAUCAACAGGUCAUAGAUCAGACAGCGUCCACACCCACCCUGACAAUUAUUCCUCCGACGACCCCGGCCGAAAAGAACAAACCUCUCCUCCUCCUCUCCCUUUCUCCGAUCGUUCCUCCGCCGCCCAAAUCGACGACCCGAGUCAAUAAACCUUCUUCUUCUUUAUUCACUUCUCGGAAGGCCUCGAUCAGUCAGUGAGCUCUCUUCAGUGGGCAAAAAUGGCGGAUCUUUUCACUCCCUACAAGAUGGGCAAGUUCAACCUCUCUCACAGAGUGGUUCUUGCUCCGAUGACUAGGUGCCGGGCAUUGAACGGGAUCCCGCAGCCGGCGCUGGCCGAGUACUACACUCAAAGGGCCACCCCUGGAGGCUUCCUCAUCACAGAGGGGACCAUGAUUUCCGACACCGCCGGCGGGUUUCCACAUGUUCCCGGGAUUUUCAAUGAGGAGCAAGUGAGAGCAUGGAAGAAGAUUGUUGAUGCUGUUCAUAGCAAAGGCAGUGUAAUCUUCUGUCAGCUGUGGCAUGUUGGCCGAGCUUCCCACCAAGUUUAUCAACCUCAUGGGGCUGCACCAAUUUCUUCAACUGGUGUGCCUAUCUCGAAGAGAUGGAGAAUCCUUAUGCCCGAUGGCUCUCAUGGCAUUUACCCGAAACCUCGGGUCCUUAAAACACUCGAAAUCCUGGAAGUUGUUGAACACUAUCGACAGGCAGCGAUUAAUGCCAUUGAAGCAGGUUUUGAUGGGAUUGAAAUACAUGGGGCACAUGGGUACCUCAUCGACCAGUUCUUGAAGGAUGGGAUCAAUGACCGAACAGAUGAGUACGGUGGAUCAAUUGAAAAUCGAUGCCGGUUUUUGAUGCAGGUGGUCAAAGCAGUUGUCCAAGCAAUUGGUGCUGAUCGGGUCGGAGUCAGGAUGUCGCCGGCCAUUGACCACCUCGAUGCAAUGGACUCUGAUCCCCUGCACUUGGGUCUUGCAGUCAUCGAGAGGCUCAACAAGCUCCAAGAAGAGUCAUGCUCAAGCCUGACUUACCUCCAUGUGACCCAGCCUCGCUAUACGGCUUAUGGCCAAACAGAGUCCAGCAGGCAAGGGAAUGAAGAUGAAGAAGCUCGGUUUAUGAGGGCUUGGAAGAGAGCAUAUCAGGGCACUUUCAUCUGCAGUGGAGGUUUUACCCGAGAACUUGGGAUGAAAGCAGUGAUUGAUGGUGAUGCAGACUUGGUAUCCUAUGGUCGGCUCUUCAUUUCAAACCCUGACUUAGUCCACCGGUUAAAGGUUAAUGCGCCGUUGAGCAAGUACAACCGGAAGACCUUCUAUACCCAGGAUCCCGUUGUCGGUUACACGGACUACCCUUUCCUGGGCCAGACGCUAGUGUCUCGCCUUUGAGCUAUGACACGGACUAUCGAUUUUAGAAUCCAUGAUUUUCAAUGAUUAUAUAUAUACAUAUGCUGGAACUAUAUGUGGUCAUUGCGUUGGGAUUACUGGAUCAAUAUGCUCUUUUGUGAAUCAAGAAGUGUGGAUUUAAGCGAAUUGGUCAUUGCGAUCAUAUUAUUGUCUUGGA